AUGCUGGCCCGUGUCUCCCGGGGCCUGCGGGCGGCGGCUGCCCCGCAGCUGCGGGCCUUCAGCAGCGUCCCUAGCAAGGACAUCAAGGAGGGCGACAUCGUGGAGGACGCCAUGUCGCACGCCAAGCCCAACCGGCUAGACGUCAUUCUUCGGGGCGACGCUCUGGAGGCCUACGUGCUGCACUCCAGGACCGUAGGAGGGUACACGUACGUCGGGGAGGACGAGCUCGGGAACAAGUAUUACGAGAAGCCCGAGGAGCAGUGGAGUCGUCACCGGAUCGUGCUCUACAAGGACAGCAACGGCUACGACGCAACCCACGUCCCCGUGCCUUGGCACGCGUGGCUGCACCACAUGAGAGACCUGCCCCCCACCAAAGACGACUACACACAGCCCGCGUACGGCAUCGCGAAGCUGCCAUACGACCCCGCGGAGCCCUACGUGCAGAAGGGCAACUGGCACCACGAAGGCAACCGCACCUGGCGCAAGCGGUCGAGCUGGAAGCCUCCCAAGUAA